ACAGAACAGCGGACAGAGCGAGGCUCUUGGGAUGUUGCUGGAGCAUGUGCUCCGCGGGGCUCAGACGAAAUCUUCCGUGAAUGAAAGAAAUGCUUCCAAGCAAACAGCCACUACCAGAACAACUGUGUGACCAGGAGAAAGAGGCCAGGGCGCGAGUCCCCAAACCCUGAAGCCACAGGAGCCCAAGGUACUUCCAGCCACGCACAGUGACCGACCAGCUGAGGACCCGUCUGAGGACCCACACUGGAGUUCUGCUCUGUAACGGUGAACAGUGAAGGUCUCCAAAGAGAUGGAGCACGAGGCUUACAAUGACUCCAGCAUCUACGAUGAUGAAUACUCUGAUGGCUUUGGCUACAUUAUGGACAUGGAGGAGGUGGUUCCGCAGGAGGCCAAGGUGGCCCCGGUCUUCCUGGUGGUGAUCUACAGUCUGGUGUGCUUCCUCGGGAUCCUAGGCAACGGCCUGGUGAUUAUCAUCGCCACCUUCAAGAUGAAGAAGACGGUGAACACCGUGUGGUUUGUCAACCUGGCAGUGGCCGACUUCCUGUUCAACGUCUUCUUGCCGAUCCACAUCACCUACGCCGCUAAGGACUACCACUGGGUGUUCGGGAAGGCCAUGUGCAAGAUUAGUAACUUUUUGCUCAGCCACAACAUGUACACCAGCGUCUUCCUGCUGACCGUCAUCAGCUUCGACCGCUGCAUCUCCGUGCUGCUUCCGGUCUGGUCCCAGAACCACCGCAGCGUCCGUCUGGCCUACAUGACCUGCGCGGCCGUCUGGGUCCUGGCUUUCUUCUUGAGUUCCCCAUCUCUUGUCUUUCGGGACACAACCGACGUGCAGGGGAAGAUAACCUGCUUCAACAACUUCAGCUUGGCCGCGGCUGAGUCUUCCCCACAUCCCACCCACUCGAGAAUAGUUUCUGCGGGGUACAGCAGACACGCGGCGGUCACCAUCACCCGCUUCCUCUGCGGCUUCCUGAUCCCCGUCUUCGUCAUCACAGCCUGUUACCUCACCAUCGUCUUCAAGCUGCAGCGCAACCGCCUGGCCAAGACCAAGAAGCCCUUCAAGAUCAUCGUCACCAUCAUCAUCACCUUCUUCCUCUGCUGGUGCCCCUACCACACCCUCUACCUGCUGGAGCUCCACCACACAGCCGUGCCCAGCUCUGUCUUCAGCCUGGGACUGCCUCUGGCCACCGCCAUUGCCAUCGCCAACAGCUGCAUGAACCCCAUUCUGUAUGUCUUCAUGGGCCACGACUUCAAAAAAUUCAAGGUGGCCCUUUUCUCCCGCCUGGUCAACGCACUGAGUGAGGACACGGGACCCUCCUCCUACCCCAGUCACAGGAGCUUCACCAAGAUGUCCUCGUUCAAUGAGAAGGCUUCGGUGAAUGAGAAGAUCAGUACCCUCUGAACCUUACCUGGGAAUGUCCCUGCGGGCGCCACAGCCCAGGGACGCCCAGGGACUUGUCUCCUGAAGUGGGAGACACGCCAGAAGCCUUCCGGUAUGCUCCAGCGCCCACUACGUUUCACACAAGGCGGCUCAUGUUUUGAGUGGGGUUCCCAAGUGCGGAUACUCUUCCAGCAAAAUGGCAGGCAAGCAACCUGAGCCUCUGCAGCAGGUGUAGGGGAUGGCGGACUUUGACUGACUCAGAAAAGGGAGAGUCUCUGAAGCCAAGACCUGAGGUGUGAGCAACAUACGGGCCAACAUACACGAUUUCACUGUGGGGAUUUUACCCAAACAUGCUGCAUAAUCUCUGGCGUGGGUGAGGAAGUCACUGAGAUCCCAUUGUAGACCUGUUAUGGCAACAUGACAGUCAAGCCAGCAAAGCUGCCCACCCUUGCCCCGCACCCCCCCCCCCCGUCAUCCUCCAAGAUCUUGACUUUGGCUUUCAGAAGAAUGAGGAGGACCAGGACCUGAGGGGCUUCACAGGACCUUACAAGGGCAACACAGGGCUCUCUCUGUGUGUGCGUGUGUGUCUGUGUGCAUGUGUAUGUCUGUGUGCAUUCGUGUGUGUGUACACAUGUGUGCAUGUGUGUGUGUACAUGUGUGUGUGCAUGUGUGUGUGUAUGCACGUGUAUGUGUAUGUACGUGUGCAUGUGCGUGUGCAUAUGUGUGUGUGUGUGUGUGUGUGUGUGGUGAAGAGGUGGAGACAGAGAGCAGAGAACCCCGAAGGAUGUGGGUAUAGGAUAUCUCACACCAUCAUGCCACAGGAAGAUGGAACUAUAGCAGUGGGUGCUUGGGGGUUCAGGUGGUGGCAGUUCUCUGCUUCAGUGUGUAAACUCACCUAGCACUGAACCCUGAGGCUGGGUUGGGGCCUCUUCACAGAAGCCUUCAUCCUACCCCCAUCUCAGGGUCUCUUCUUCCCUAAUCCCCUCCACGCUGGCUGGGAGGGCUUAGAAUGCCCUGGAGACUGGUAUAGAAUGGAGUUUUGGGAUUCCAUCUUCAGAGCAGCUUCCAAAGGCUGUGAAGCUGACCAGUUCAUCUGACUCCUCCUUGGACACACUUCCCAGGUGUGGCAUUACAGCCCCAUGGGCAGCCCGGGAUCAAGCUUUCCUACCCUGGCAGGGAAGUGACUCACCCAACCCGACACGUACCGUUCAUCAGUAAUAAAGACCCGAGCCC